AUGCCCACCGUCAAGGGAGGCGUAUGGACCAAUAUCGAAGAUGAAAUUCUCAAGGCUUCCGUUUCCAAGUAUGGACUCAACCAAUGGGCUCGGGUCUCCUCUCUUCUCGCGCGAAAAACGCCAAAACAGUGUAAGGCUAGAUGGAACGAAUGGCUCGAUCCUGGAAUUCGCAAAAUCGAAUGGAGCAAAGAGGAAGAUGAGAAGUUGCUUCAUCUAGCCAAAUUAAUGCCAACACAAUGGCGGACUAUCGCACCAAUCGUUGGCCGAACUGCAACUCAAUGUCUAGAGCGAUAUCAACGACUUCUCGACGAAGCUGAGCAAAAAGAAGUCGCUGAACUCGGACUUGGUGGACCUGAUGGAGGAGAGACAAAGGCCCCCUCAGCUGAUGAUGUCCGACGCCUACGACCGGGAGAAGUUGAUCCCGACCCCGAGUCAAAGCCUGCCCGACCAGACACUAUCGAUUUAGAUGAAGAUGAGAAAGAGAUGUUGAGUGAAGCGCGGGCACGAUUAGCUAAUACACAGGGUAAAAAAGCCAAGAGAAAAGCUCGCGAGAGACAACUGGAAGAGUCGAGGCGGUUAGCUGUUCUACAGAAACGUAGAGAGCUAAAGAAUGCUGGAAUCAAUAUCAAAGUUGUCAAUCGGAAGAAAGGCCAGAUGGACUACAAUGCAGAUAUUCCCUUUGAAAAAAAGGCAGCCCCGGGUUUCUAUGAGACAGAGGAAGAGGUUCUGAAAAACGAGUUGGAAAGAGAGGCUUUUGAUCCAAGAAAACAACAAGUUAUAAAUAAACGAAAGGUUGAACAAGAUAAUGAUACUGAUCGGAAGAGGAAGAAAGGAGAGAAAGAGGCCCCAUCAGCAUCAUACCAAGCUGCCAUGAGAGCAGGUCAGCAGCAAAAAAUCCGAGAAGCCGAGCAAAGCAGUAAGCGAAGGGCUCUAGUUCUUCCAGCCCCACAGGUUGGUGAAGGAGAACUAGAAGAGAUCGUCAAGAUGGGAAUAAUAGGGGAGAGAGCUAAAACAGUAGCCAUAUCCAGCGAGAACGACGCCACAAAGGGGCUAGUCAACACAUACUCUGCUAUCAAUGGAAGUGCACCGAUUCGAACCCCUAGGGCGCCAGCACAGGAAGACUAUAUUGCUAAUGAAAUCCGAAAUAUUAAGGCGCUUACGAACACUCAAUCAUCAUUACUUGGAGGCGAAAACACACCUUUAUAUGAAGGGGCUGGUAGUACCGGCUUUGAUGGAAUCAACCCUCGUAAACAGCAAAUCGUAACGCCUAAUCCCAUGGCUACUCCAUUCAGGCCGAUGGCAAACGCCGAUACAAAUUCAAUGGGACCUCCUAGGUUGCCAGGACAAACACCAAUAAGAACACCUCGAGAUGGGCUUGCUCUAAACAAAAGUGGAGAAAUACAGCUCAUAGCUAGUACCCCUCAGAACAUGAGACUCCAAGAGCUCGCACUAAAACAAAGAGUCAAAUUGGGUCUCUCAUCUCUACCCAAGCCCAAAGAUGCGGAAUGGGAGCUGGAACUUCCAAUAGAGCAAAACGAGCCGAGCUUAAGUACACAAGACCUAACAGAAGAUGCUGAAAUUCGAGAUCUACGAAACCAAAAAAUUAAGGAUGAGGAGGAAAGGACGAGCUUUCUACGAAGAACUCUAGUUGUUCAAAAGGGACUACCAAGACCAACAACAAAAAAUAUACACAGUCUACUUGUAAUAGAUUCAAUUGGGACAGAUGUAAUUGAAUCUGCAAUUAUCAGAGAGGCAGCUCUGCUACAGGCUCAUGAUGCGAUGCAACCCUCGAGGCCAGACACCAAAUUUCCUGAUAACAUUGAACCUCUAGAGCUAUUAAGUGACGAAUUACUCGCAGAUGCGCGCUCGCAACUGGCAGAUGCCGUUGCUGAAGAGAGUAAACAAGGUAAACCUCAGAUAUCCGAUGAAUUAUGGCAAAAUUCCCAAAAAUAUAGACUUCUCCCUCGUAUAUACUUUGACAUUAGUGAUGAGGAGGAGCAAGGAAUUUUUAGAAAAGUGUUUGAUUCUGCACAUGAAUCACUUAUCUCCUCUGCAACCAAAAAUAACAAAAUAGAAAAGAGACUCGCCGUGCUUUAUGGCGGCUACCAGAAUCGCGCAAAGACCUUGCGACAGAAAAUAAUAGAUGCAUCUGAGGCAUUAAGUAAGGUGCGGCGGGCUCUGAACUCAUUCCGCAUACUCAAAGCCAAUGAAGAGAUUGCCAUCUCCAGGAGACUCGAGAGCCUGAGGGCAGAGGUCUCUCAUGUGAGUCGUCGGGAGAGGGAAGCUCAAGAUUUGUAUCGGGAACGUACGCAGGAAUUAGCUACAUUGGAUUUAGGGCGGGAAAUAGCAGCUGUUACGAAAUGA